AUGGUUAAGGCCACGGAGACUGAUGGUGCCAAGCACAAGCAAAGACUUAAACGUCCAGGUCGACUUUAUGUAAAGGCAACAUUUACAGGGUACCGUAGAGGACUAAGAAAUCAACACGAAAAUACGGCUUUAUUGCGUAUUGAUGGAGUGGUGGAGAGGAAAUCUACAGAAUUCUACUUAGGAAAACGCUGUGUAUACGUUUAUCGAGCUCAGAAAAAGAAGGUCUUUCCAAGAAGGCAAAAGCCAACAAAAAUAAGAGUUAUUUGGGGGAAAAUUAUGCGUCCCCACGGUAAUAGUGGUGUUGUUCGAGCUCGAUUCAAACAUAAUUUACCGGCAUCCGCUAUGGGCAAACGUAUUCGAGUCAUGUUGUAUCCUUCACGAGUAUAA